AUGGAUCCCGAAAUGUUCAUGCGAGACCGCCAACACUUUCGCGAGAAGCUUCUUGGCUGGGUCAGAAUACUGAGUGAUGAGUCCGUCUCGGAAACAGCCUACGUGGAAAUCGUCGCCGAACUAAACGAUAUGGUCCGUGACAUCGAAAUUCUUGGCCAACCACCACCCCUGAGAACCCUCCAAGCCGAAGACUUCGAUCUGAUUGAUUCGACAUUCCCACCUACUUCCGAGAAUCACGGUGAAGAACAUGAUGACCCCGACGGCUUCGAGAUGAUUCACCCAUUGGCCGAAGCGGAUUUUGGCCGCCUGUGCUCCAAAGAUGGCGCUGUGCGAGAUACCUUGUCCUGGGCAGGCGAGUUGCUGAGGCGGCGGAAUGCACCAUUUGCUGACAUUGCGGUGAUUCUGGACAUGUUGGCUCUGCAUAUCGGAAGACUGCGAUUAAUGCGAGACAAGAAAGACGAAGAUGAGCUCCAGGAUGGAGAAGGGAUUGGGGUCGAUGCGUAUGCGGAUGAGAUGGAUGAGAUGGCUCGGGUCGAACAUGAGUCUCGACAACAACUACCUAAUGAGUAUCUUCGGGCCAUUUGGAAUCGAUUGUACAGCUGUAUGGAUUGCAAUUGUGAUAAGUGUGGCCUUGUCGCUCGGCAUUGA